CCCUACGCUAUUCAGUAUAUCUUUUGCGCCAGCUUCAAUAUGACGGCUGUCGCAUUUAUUUUUCUCUCUUUACUUGCCUUGCUCAAUACACCGCAGUCGGUGCGCGGCUCCUCCUUGCAAGUUGUUGUCGAGCAGGGCAUUCUUCAGGGCACAGAAACGCGUAGCCACUCAGGAAAUCCGAUUUUCUCAUUUCAAGGCAUCCCGUACGCAGCUCCUCCGGUUGGACCACUUCGUUUCAAGGAACCCGUCGAGCCAGCAAAAUGGGAAGGGGUGCGCGAAGCCAAUAAGGAGAACCCUGUCUGCAUCCAACGAGACGUCUUGUUUUCCCACAGCAAAGAAAUUUUCGGACAAGAGGACUGCCUUUAUUUGAGCGUUUAUACGCCAAAACUACCGCGGAAAGGGGAACAUGUAUCAAGUUUGCCGGUACUAAUUUUUUUCCACGGCGGGGGUUGGUUGUGCGGCUCAGCGGGUACCUACGGACCAGACUAUUUGCUGGACCAGGACAUCAUCUUGGUCACGCCUAGUUAUAGAUUAGGAUCAUUCGGCUUUUUGAGCACGGAGGACAAGGCGUGCCCUGGAAAUUUUGGCUUGAAAGACCAGGUGGCCGCUCUAAAAUGGGUUCAGAAGAAUAUUGCUGCUUUUGGAGGAGACGAAGGAAUGGUUACAAUCGCCGGGGAAAGUGCUGGAGGCGCAAGUGUACAUUAUCACAUGAUUUCUCCAAUGUCAAAAGGCUUGUUCAAUCAUGCUAUCUCGAUGAGCGGAACUGUUUACGCACCCUGGGCAUUUUCGUACAAGCCUGCAAUGCAAGCGAAAAAAUUCGGAAAAAUCCAUGGCUGUCCCAUUGAAAAUUCUGAAGAAUUGGUGGACUGCCUAAGAAAAAUUGAUGCAACUGAACUUGUUGACAAGACGGAUCAGCUUUACGACUGGGGAGUUGAGCCAAUUCUGCCAUUCCGUCCUGCAGUGGAGCCUCUUAGUCACGGAGGACAGAAUUUCUUGCCAGCCAGUCGUGAGGAGUUGAUCAAGGAAACCGAGAGACUGGACCCUGAAAAUUCUAUCCCCUGGAUGGUCGGAUUUACGUCCCAUGAUGGAGGAUUCAGAGUAGCUGCGUAUGCACACGAUCACGCCAUACUGGAAGAAAUUGAUCGGGAAUUUUCCACUCUUGGUCCGCUGACUUUGAACUUUACAACAGAAAAUCCAAAAGAAGUUGCUGAUAAAAUGAGGAAAUUUUAUUUCGGUGAAAAGAAAAUUGACAUUCAAAGCAUAGAGGAAAUGAUCAGGAUGUUUACAGAUAGGCAGUUUUUACUCCCAAUCAUAAAUUCGCUUAAAAUGAUGAGGAGCUACAGCACUGCCAGGCCGAUUUAUUACUACCGGUUUGGCUACAGAGGAAAACAAUCAAUGUCGUCCAACUGGGAUCCAAACUCGAAUAUUGACUAUGGGGCCGUCCACAUGGAUGAGCUGCAGUAUAUUUUCUCCAUUCCUAAAUUCUUCCCAGCCAUUCCUAAGGAUCCGAAAAGUAAGGACAAGCAGAUGAUGCGAUUCAUGACUCGAAUGGUUACGGACUUUGCAACAACUGGUUUACCGAUGCCGUCUAAAGACUUCAUUGAACUCAGGGGAGAGAAAAACUUCCAGUGGCAUGCAAUCAGAAAAGUAUUUCCGUUGGAGAUCGCCAAUUUGGAUUCGCCGAAGCCAACAGGCUACCUGCAGCAAACGGAGGAAAUACAAAAGUCAUACAAAUUUUGGAGCUCAUUGCAACUCCAAGAAGAGGGCUGGACUGAUCGAGAAGAAAUUAUCGACUCUAGUCGCGAUGAACUUUAAAUUAGCUGAAAAAAUGAUACAUUUUUUGUGAGUAGCUCUUUCAAAUCUAUGAGAGCGCGAAUUGGAUUUUUUAAAAUUUUAAAUUAAAUGAAUAAAUCAAAUUGGCAAAAAGUUA